AGGAGGAGAGAAGAGGAGGUGGAGAAGGAACGGUCGAGGGUGGAGGAGGAGCUGAGGAGGAGAGAAGAGGAGGUGGAGGAGCUGAAGAAGGAACAGAAACUGAAAGAUGAGUGUCCUGGCUGCGCCUCCUUGUUUGCGUCUCUGCAGUCAGAUCAGAGAGAAUCGUGCCGACUGAUGAAGGAGAACAAAGCUCUGAUUAACGGCAUGUUCCAACUACAGACACAGGUGACAGAGCUCCAGAAGCAACUCAUAGAGCAGACUGUCAGGUCUGACAGCCUAUCAGAGCAACUGGACACCUCAAAGACCCGCCUCCAGGAGCUGGAGAGCCAAUCAGAAGAGAAGACCAACAUCGUCAAGAGUCUGACACAGGAAGUGGGUCAUCUGAGGCAGGAAGUCAAGGAGGGGGAGGGGCAGAGCAGCAGUGUUUUCCACGCCUCCAUGGAGCAGCUGAAGAAGGAGAGCGAGGCGGCGCUGCAGAGGUCGGCUCAGACGUGUCAGCUGAUGGAGGAGCUGCAGAGAGAGAAGAGCCGGCUGGAGGAGACUCUGACUCACAGUGAGAAGAGGUGUGAGCGGCUCACAGAGGAACUGGCCAAUCAGAAAGCAGAAUUCUCUCAUCAGCUGCAGAGCCUCAGGGCGGAGCUGGAGUCUGAGGGCAGAGCUCUGCGAGGGGGACUAGAGCUGGAGUCUGAGGGCAGAGCUCUGCGAGGGGGACUAGAGGAGAGACGAGGUGAUCUUCUAGAGGAAACUCUCCUUCAGACUAAAAUCGUCCGACAAGGUAAAAACUUGAAAGAGGAGGAGGAGGAGAACCUGCAGAGGAAGGAGCAGGUGGAUGAGGAGAGGACAGUGUCGGUGGUGGAGGAGCUGAAGCAGGAGCUCCAGAGAGUGCAGGGGAGGAGCAGGAGGAGCAGAGAGUUUGAAGCUGUAAAGAGAGAGAUGGAGAGACUGAAGGAGACAAAGACUCAGAGUGUGCUCAGGUCCGGUGGGCGUGUUCUUAAUCCAGAACAGGAUGUUCCUGUGUCAUCUCUGAGGUCCAACAUGGCUGACAGGAAGAGGAAGAGCAGUGAGGUGCAGGAUCUGGUCUUCAGUGAGAACAAGAGGAACCGGCUGAGAACCAACAAACAGAACCAGGAGCAGAAAGACGGAACCCUGCAGAAGAUCGGAGACCUGAUCCAGAACUCUCCGUCCCGGCUCCGCAGCAAAGCUAAAACCAUCAUCGGGCUGGUCAGUGGACACCCGGUGGGAAAGGAGACGGUUACCACGGCAACCAAGGAGACGGUUACCACGGCAACCAAGGAGACAGUUACCACGGCAACCAAACUGAGACAAGGACGCAGGAAGCUGUUUCAGGGCGGCGUGACGACUCCGCUGCUCGACUCCCCGCAGAUGUCUGCGGUGGCGGAGGAGGAGAAAGAGAGCGAUCACCUCAUCAUUAAGAGACAGCUGCGCUCAAAGACAUGCAGGAAAUGACAUCAUCAGGAUGUGAUGACACUACAGUGAACUUUUGGAUUUUUAAAUAUUUGUACAGUUUUGAUCUGAUUUUAGUUUUUUAGCUUUGAUUCAAGGAUUGUUUUUGUUGCUGGUAUCAAUAAAGAGCUGAAG